GUCAUCUUUGGUCUCUGAAUUUUGACCUACUAACAUAAAGAAGAAUUCAUUCUUCAUCUUUGGCCUGAAUCUAAAAAACUAAUCCAGUCAUAUUAAAGAUAUGUUGGUAAACUCUUCUCCCAACAACUCCAAAAUGUCCUACAGCGACUGCCUGAUGACCAAACCCAGCAUCUUCAUCUACACCUCCUUCAUCGCCGUCAACGUCGUCCUCUUAUUCCCGCUCUUCGUCUUGAUUCUCUACCACGGAGUCCAGCAGCGGUGGAAGAACUGCUCCUCCACCGUGGGCCACUCGGACUGCUUCACCUUCCACUUGGUCGUCAUGGAGCUGAUCGGCGUGUGCGGGUGUGUCAUCUCCUUUGGCGGUAUCUACAGCGAGAAAAUAACGGUGGUGAAGGUGGGGACCGUUCUGUUCUCCUUCACCUGGCUCGGAGAAGGGCUCUUCCUCAUCUUGACGUGUGUGGAGCACUACUUGGCCGUCGUUCAUCCCAUCGACUAUCUCGGCCUGAAGAACAAAAGAGGAAUAAAAAUCAGGAAUGUAGUGCUCGCCUGUGUGUGGCUGCUUUGUUUAGUAGGAUUGAGUUUGGCAGUGAAGGACUACUACGUCGUCAUAGAUAUCUGCGUUGUAAUAUUGACCGUAACCAUUGUGCCCUACUGCAGCAUCUCAGCUCUCCGCGUUUUGACCCAGGCAGGCCCGGGUCAGCCGGGCAGGGACAGAGCGGACCAGUCAAAGCAGAGGGCUUUCUACACUAUCGUGACUAUACUGGGAGCAUUGACCCUGAGGUUGUUUUGGAAUGUUAUUUUUAUUGUUUGUGAUUUAGAAGAGUUCAGUACAAACUGCAUCAUGAUGACAUGUGAAGCUCUGUUUAAUCUGCCGUGCAGUUUGGUGUUACCUCUGCUUUUUCUGCAAAGAGCAGGAAAAUUGGUUUGUUGGGAGAAAAACGUUAUUGAUGACUAGAGUUACAUUUUAAAUAAUCAAUUAGAGUUAAAGAUGAAAUUAAGUCAAAAAGUUAGAAAGGUUUAGCACCUAGAAAACAUCAAACAUCCCAAUAAAUAAACCCAGAGGUGUUUUAUUCUUGCUAUACGGUGUUUCUAUUAAGCCAUUUAUCCAAAUACAAUACAGUCUCCUGUGUGCAUUAGCAUAAAUUUACAUCUAUGAUAAUCUUUUGUCUAUUAACCCUUUGCAACUGCGCCAAUUAAUCAUUGGUUCAAAACUUCCUGUUCAAAAGCACCGUCGUCCAAUCAGGGAUCUCUCAGGCCUUCAACUGGACACACCUCUUCCGUUUUGUUAAUGUUGUGUUUUUGAAUUUGUAAUUGUGCUCCGUUAAUGUUGUUGUGUUUUUGAAUUUGUAAUUGUGCUCCGUUAAUGUUGUUGUGUUUUUGAAUUUGUUGAAGCGGUUUGCACCUCGUGGCCAUACGCGGCGACAUUUAUUUUUUCUUGGUGCUGAUUGGCUGAAAUCCAAAGAGCAAAGAUACUGAUGUGUUACUCCUAAGACUUUUCCACUGUGAAAAUUAUUGCAUAUUUAGGAAUAUUUGGUUGUUGAACUGAACAAAUUGUGAGUUAUAAUAGUUUUUAGAGCUAUUAGCUAUUAGUUUUGGUCAGUUUAUUCUCGAAAUAUUUUGACUUUAUUCUCAUACAAGUUUAUUCAUUGUAAUAUAAUUUUUCUCAUAAUGUUAUGAUUUUAUUCUCAUAAUUGUAUUUUUCAUAUUUUCUUAGCGGGUCAUAGCACGUCAUCAUAUAUUUGAAACAGAUGUUAUUCUGACUUUAAUGCUUGAAUGAAAUAUGUUCAGAAAUACUUCAGUCAUAUGUAGAACUAAAAAAAAAAUAAAAAUGAUGUCUACUGUUCACUGAGAACAAAUAUAAACGUAACAUGAUGCUUUUUUUUCUAGAGUCUUUUAUCUCAAGAAACAGAUAAAAAUGUUCCAACCUGAAUGUAAAACAUUUUCACGAUUUGACUUUGAACACACUCCUGCUUUAUUUCCUUCAUCAGAUCCACAGUGAUAGUGAAACUUGCUCACUGCUUGUCACUCUUUACACACACAUAAACACACAU